CGCAACAAAUAGCGGGAAGUCGGUAACUAAACACCUGGUAAGCUCAGAACCAUCACAAUAAUCAAUUGAUUUCCAACAACAAAAGCAGAAAUCAAAAGAAAGACUAUAAUCAAAAUAAUCAAAUAAUCACAAUCAAUUCAUUUCUUGAUUUAAUUAAUCACCAUUAGAAUCAGCUGGAAGAAGCACGAUCUUUCUCAAACUCACAAUCCUCUACUACCAGUUACACAACCUCAAGGUAAAUAUGAUGGGAAUUGUGAGGCAGAAGUUGGUUUCUGGAAGCUUCUCUCAGCCGUUGCAGAGGAUUAAACCUGCUGUAUUGGCUGUCAGAAGCUACUCAACUUCUGGCACUCAGAUGACGGUUAGGGACGCCCUUAACUCUGCUCUUGACGAGGAGAUGGCAUCUGAUCCUAAUGUAUUUUUGAUGGGGGAAGAGGUUGGGGAAUACCAAGGUGCCUAUAAGAUCACGAAAAAACUACUGGACAAGUAUGGUCCCCUCAGAGUUAUUGAUACACCAAUCACAGAGGCUGGUUUCACUGGUAUUGGUGUUGGCGCUGCUUACCAUGGGCUCAGGCCCGUCGUGGAGUUCAUGACUUUUAACUUUGCCAUGCAGGCAAUUGACCACAUAAUAAACUCUGCUGCAAAAACAUGCUACAUGUCUGCGGGGCAGAUCACUGUUCCCAUUGUUUUUAGGGGGCCUAAUGGUGCUGCUGCAGGAGUUGGUGCCCAACACUCUCAGUGUUAUGCACCAUGGUAUGGCUCCUGUCCUGGAUUGAAGGUGCUGUCUCCAUACACAGCCGAGGAUGCUCGUGGAUUGUUGAAGGCAGCCAUUAGGGAUCCCGAUCCAGUUGUUUUUCUGGAGAAUGAAUUACUAUAUGGAGAAUCAUUUCCGGUUUCUGAUGAAGUUCUAGAUCCCAACUUUUGUCUACCUAUUGGGAAGGCCAAGAUUGAAAGAGAAGGGAAGGAUGUGACAAUAACUGCAUUCUCAAAGAUGGUGGGAUUUGCUCUCAAGGCUGCAGAGAUACUAAGAGAGGAAGGAAUUAGCGCAGAGGUCAUUAAUUUACGAUCAAUUCGGCCUCUGGAUAGAGCUACAAUCAAUGAUUCUGUCAGAAAAACAAACAGAUUGAUAACUGUUGAAGAAGGGUUCCCACAGCAUGGUGUUGGAGCUGAAAUCUGUGCAUCUGUUGUUGAGGAUAGCUUUGAAUAUCUUGAUGCACCCAUUGAAAGGAUUGCUGGGGCUGAUGUUCCAAUGCCUUAUGCACCUAACCUUGAGAAGUUAUCUCUACCCCAGAUUGAAGAUAUAGUACGUGCUGCAAAGCGGGUAUGUUACAGAGAAGUACCAAUGGCAGCUGUAGCAUAAGCCUAUUAUACCGUUUAUAUAACUUUUGAGGGUAUUGUAAAGCAAUAAACUCUCUCAUGUAUGAUGUAUGCAAUGGGACGAGAAUACAAUAAGACGAAUAGCCUUAAUUUCUAUAGUUAGGGUUAUGCCAAAGUAUGAGCCAUAUAUAAGAUGCUUCUUAGAGCCACAUCUUAUGUAGUUUAGAUUGCAGAGGUUUUGUUAUCUAUAUUCUGCAGUAUUGCUGGCACAAGUAUGGUUCAGUUGUUAGAAUUUCGCUCUUUAUGAGGGAAUUCUGUUGGUGUAAUGGACUUUCUCAUCGGUCUUACAAUUUAGAAUUAUGUCCUGAUCUUUGUUGAUCAUUUGUGAGAUUCUCUUUGAAUUGUGUUGAGCUUCGCGUUGUCCACUGAUAUGAUUUGAUCAUUUUCAUGUGAAGCCCUUGUUUAUUUGA